AUGAGCAAUACAAACAAGGAAACAAGAGCUCAGUUUGUUGAUGAGUCUCACGGGUUGCCUUACGGAGGUAAAAGCAGUCAAACCCUUCGCAGUGCUUUAAAACGUCGAAAAGCACAUUCAUCUACCGGUGUGGAAGAUGAAAAGGGCUCUAAGAACUCUGAACAGGUUGAUAAAUUAGUUGUUUCGUCGCCACUGUUGAAUUCAACGCCGCCAACAGUGACUAAGUCGUUGGUCAAAUUAUAUCCAUAUUUAAUUAUUGCAGACCGUGCAUUGGGCACUUUAAUAUGGACUAAUGACGAUGUUUGGGAAAGUAUACUGAUGGUGAUUUGCUUUAUCGCAGGCGUAUCAUAUUUUGAGAAUCUAAUUAAGUUCUUUGGUCACUUGUUGAUUGUGGGGAUAUUAUGGGGGUAUUCGUUAUUAGACAAAUAUGUUGAAGAGACGAUAAGAGAUCGGCCAACUUUAGACGAUAUAGUACAGAUGAUGACGCGGGUUGUCACUAAGUGCGAUUUGAUGCUUUCGCCUAUCAGUGUACUAAAUUGCAAUGAUAUUAAACGGUUGUUAUUCACUAUGGUCUUCCUUUCUCCUGUUUACAUGAUAAUUACGAUGUUUAUUGUUCCUCCUAGAAAGUUUAUAUUGGUGGCUGGGGUAUAUUUGUUGACGUACCACUCCUCGUGGUCUUGCGUUACCAGAAGGUUGCUUUGGAGAUUUAAGCUGGUUAGGUUGUUAGCCUUCUACGUUACAGGAUUAGACCUUGAAGGAGUUAAUAAGAAUCAAGGUGGGAUAUUUGCCGUGGUUCACAAAAAGGUUAAGAAGCUUUCGGGAACCAAUAACGGUGCCAAUGACGACGGGAAACCUAUCAGAUUUACUUACGUGUUGUAUGAGAACCAAAGACGUUGGCUAGCUAUCGGCUGGACCGCCAACAUGUUAAGUUACGAACGCAGUGCAUGGACCGACGAAUUCCUAAAUGAAGCACCUCCACCAGAUCAAUUCAAUCUUCCGGAGGAAAACAGCAGUAUGGUAUGGCGAUGGGUCGACAAAACUUGGCGGCUAGAUAUGACUAACGAUGGAGCUAUACACCUACCCAGCUCAAAGCCAAAGACAACAGCCACGCCCAAUUCUGACGACGGGUUCAUCUACUAUGACAAUACAUGGAAAAAACCUUCAACAGAAGACUCCUUCUCAAAAUAUACAAGGCGCCGCAGAUGGAUUAGAACCGCGGAGUUGUAUAAGGUUGGCUCAGUAAGUUCGGUAGACGACACAUUUGAAACCACCACAAACGACAAUACAAAUACAAAUGAGAACUCUAGACCUGGUCUAAAAUUCAGUGAACCCGUGACUUCUGAUGACGAUGAAACGCGUGGAAGAAAGGUGUCGUUUAGUGAGGUAGCAGACGUGCAUAUUAUUCCCCCCGUAGAAGAGAAAGAAACAUCGAGCAACAAGCCUACUGUAACGGGCCCAGCCACUGAACGCGCAAAACAGAAAACCUCUCAACUUGAUCCCCCCGCUGCCUCUUCGCAACUUGCACAGGACAAAUCUCCGCAAUCAGUCGAUACUACGAAAGUCGCCGCAAAUAAGAAAAGUGUAUAG